AUGGCAAUGCAUGCUGGAAAUGGUUUGCCGUUCGACAUAUGGAACGAUAUCGUCGCUAUUGUUGAAGACCGAAACGACUUGGUCCAACUCUGCCUCGUCAAUUCCAUGAUCAACCGCAUCGCAGCACGGCGCCUAUACACCUCCCUUUCCUUUGGGAAGGCCAAGAACAUAGCCAAGUGCUAUCGUACGAUGAUGGGAAACGCAAUCUUGGCGGGUCACGUCGUUGCACUGCGAUUCGCAUCAACACGAUACUACACCUUCGACCUCUCAGUCUAUAGCGAAGACCGAACCGCAAACUGGCUUCCUGCGGCCGCCUUUCUGCGCCUUAUAUUUCGGUUGAUUGGAUGUCUAGUUAACCUUAAGGAACUCGACUUCCCAUACGACUUCGGUCAAUACGCCAUAUCUCUAGCUUUCUCAGUUAACCUCGGCCAGCUGCGACCCCGCUUGUCAAAGUUUGGAUUCACCAAUUUGUACGGAUGCUCAGCCCUUCCCCUCCUUCGUACGCAGAGCUCGUUAGAAUAUCUCCUCCUGGAAUAUUCUAUUUUCCUUGCCACUUAGCUAGAAAAUCUCCCGCGAGACGCACUUCCUCGACUGCGCAGUUUCGUCUGCGAUAGCUAUUUUGGCGCCCAAAUCGUACGGGGACGACCAGUUGAGGAGUUUUGUCUAAGCAGCGGGUGGCGAUGCGGCUUUCUACCUUAUGUACAUCCUUUUUCGUGGUUGGCACAUCUUCAAAUGUC